AUGAAAGCCGCAGUAGUACUGAGCGUUGUGGCGUUGGCUGCCUUUGGCAGUGCUGCCCCCCUGGAGUCGAGCCAGCAGCAGCAGCAGCAGCAGCAGCAGGCACCAUGGACCCUGAUUCCGGAUGCCCGUGGACGCUUGCAUCUGAUCAACAUCGAUCCGUAUCGAUCCGUGCCAACCGGUGACAACGAAGUCGAACCCCAGUUCAAUCCGGAAACGGACGUCGUGUUCCGUCUGUACACCCGGCGCAAUCCGGUGCACCCGCAGGUGAUCAACUGGAACAGCCAGCAGUCGGUGUCGGGCAGUAACUUCAAUCCGGCCCAUCCUACGCGCUUCCUCAUCCAUGGAUUCCUCGAGGGUGAGGAUGCGAGUCUGCACUGGAGCAUCAAGGAUCAUUACAUCCGCGUCGGCGAGUUUAACAUCGUGAACGUUGACUGGGGUGCAGGAUCGCAGACGAUCAACUACAUUGCGGCCCGUAACCGUGUCGGUGCCGUUGGUGAGGUUAUCUCGCGUAUGAUCAACACGAUCGUCGGCGCUACUGGUGCGUCGCGGGACAAUAUUAACCUGAUCGGUCACAGUCUCGGUGCGCACGUUGCCGCCAAUGCUGGGAAGCACCAGAACGGACAGCUGAACACGAUCAUCGGGUUGGAUCCGGCUGGUCCACUGUUCUCGUCGGGGCAGGCCGAUAUCUUCGGUGCAAACGAUGCGCACUACACCGAAGCCAUCUACACGAACGCGGGACUGUUGGGCUUUGAUCAACCGCUGGCUCACGCUAACUUUUACCCGAACGGUGGACGGUCUCAGCCGGGCUGUAUCCUGGAUGUGGCCGGUAUCUGUGCGCACAACCGCGUGAAUGAUUUCUUCGCUGAAACGGUGUCCACGUCGGUGGGUUUCCGGUCGGUGCGUUGUGCCAACCAUGCCGAGAUUACGUCCGGACGGUGCACUCCUAGCGGGCCCGAUGCUCUUAUGGGUGGUGAACCGUCGAACCGGGGUCGUGGCGUUAACGGUGUGUACCAUCUGACCACCAACUCCAACUCGCCGUUCGCGCAGGGUUAAGUCGCAGCAACCCGUGGCCGCAAUUGAUGAUGAAAAUAAAGCUUUUCUUUUGUAAA